UCCGAGCUCGAAAGGGCUGAUAGAACACUGCAGGAUUUGACCACCAAGCUCAACACCGUGAACGAGUCCAAGCAAUCCGCAAUUGCAGCCAUGGAAGCAGUUAAAGAACUCGCCAUGAAGCUUGAAGUGGAGAAAUCGAAGAAAGCAAUCGGAACUGAAGCUUGGAAACGGGAGUUAGAACAGACGAGGAAGGAAUACACAGCCACAGUUGCGGAACUCAAUGCUUCAAAGCAAGAGCUGACUAAAAUCAGGCAGGAUUUCGACGCAGCAUUGGAGGCCAAACUGGCUGCGUUCCAGCAGGCAGGAGAAGCGCAGCGUUCUGCAAACGCGAAUGCAGAGAAGGUCAGUGAGAUUUCGGGGCAAAUCUCCGCAAUGCGGGCCUCCAUUGAUCAGUUCAAGCUUGCCUCUCAGCAAGUCCAGGUAGAGCAGGCAAAGAUUGCCGCGGAGAAAGAGGCGAGCCUGCAAGCUUACAUAGCCGCUAAGGAAGAAGCAGAGAAGAAAUUGGAGUCUCUGAAGAAGCAAGUUGAUCCUGAAGUAACCAAAGAUCUAGAGGCAAAGCUUGGAGAAGCAACUUCAGAUGUUGAAGUUUUGCAAGAAAAGAUGAGAAGAGCCCACGAAUCGGAAAUUGAGAAAGUGAGAGUUGUGACAAUGGAGAUCAAUGAAGCCACAAAAACACUGCAAGGAGUUGCUGAAGAAGAAAGCUCUCUCAGAAGCUUGGUGGGAUCGCUUAAGAUGGAAUUGGAGAGUGUGAAGAAGGAAAUUGCAAUGGAAUUUUCUGCUGCUAAUCAAAAUGAGCAGAGAUUCGCGUUACAGAAACUACUAGAAGAAACUGAAGGUGCAAGGCGGGAAGAACAGGAGAUGAAGAGAAACGCCAAUAGGCUGAAGCAAGAAGCGGAAGAUUCAAGAGUUUUGGCAGAGGAAGCAGAGAAAAGGCUAAAUAUCAUUCUG